AAAAGGAACGGUGGUAAAGUGACGCAUCGUCAAUUAAAGUCUCGGCAGUGUACCGAUCUUUUGCCGUUAACAUGCUUUUUCAUAUUUUGGUGUGGAAUGGCACUAGUUGCAGCGUAUGCUUAUUUGCGCGGCAAUGCGUUCCGUAUUGUGAAUGGCUUGGAUAGUUUUGGUAAUACCUGUGGCCGUAAAAAUUUGCCGUUGGUACGUUUUGCAAAUUCUACCACGGAUCCUGUGCAUUUUCCUCUUUCCGGGCAAGAUAUGACAGACAAGAAGUUUCUGUUCCCACUGGAUGUUCGUCACCCAUUCAACUCGGUAUGGAUUUGCGUGAAGCAUUGUCCGAAUCGUACAGUGACCAAUGAUUUUGCAUCGUUUCAUAUCCAAACAAAUUAUUCGUAUUGCUCACCCGAUCAAGGUCGUGACGGUGAAAUGCUUACACGUUAUUGUCCGAUUGGAACCAUUUACGAGAGUGAUGGCUCAAUACUAUCAAGAUGUAUACCAAAUGAUUUCGUUUCAAUAGCGGUUGAUGCACUCUCUUCGCUACACGAGUUCGUACGUGAUCAAGAUUGGAUUCGUGGAGUGAGCGCUGAGUUGAUUUUUGUUAGGAAUGAAAUUGGUGCUCUUUGUCUUCUUUCAGUCGGAUUAUCGCUGAUUGGCGUUUUCAUGAUUCGCUUCUUGGCACCAGUCAUUGUUUACUUCAUCUACGUAAUGGUAAUUCUCAUGGCAAGUGGCUUCGCAUCAAUUCUUUGGUAUGGUUGGUAUACGGCGUAUAGCCGUAACAUAACAUCAUCGAUAGAGACCACAAGCGAUGCACCGCAGGCUUUAAUGAUGGCAUUACCUGAACUGAGUCAGAACACAUUGAUUAUAUGCGCUUCAUCGAUGUCUCUUAUUGCGAUAUUGUUGUUGGUCGCCGUAUGGUGUGUAUGGCCACGUGGUGCACUCGUCGUAGAUUUAUUCCGUGAAGCGGGACGUGCAUUGGCCGCUAUGCCCUGUCUGUUAUUACAGCCACUUGUUACUUGUUGCAUUCUGGUCGCGUUCAUCAUUUAUUGGAUUUUCAUUGCUCUACAACUUUAUACGUCCGCUCCACCAGAAUCGGCGUCGUUAAAUCGUUCGAAUGGUGAAAUAGUUGACGUGGUAACCUUUAACGUUACCGACCGAAUCAGAUAUAUGGGAUGGUAUCAUUUUGUUGGUUUAAUUUGGAUAUCCGAAUUCAUUUUUGCUUGUCAUCGUAUGGUGGUAGCUGGUGCAGUGGCUAUGUGGUACUUUAAGCGUCAUACCGCAUCUCCGUUGUGUAAUUCGUUAGCGAAUUUGAUCGCUUAUCAUCUUGGUUCGGUGGCAUUGGGCUCCUUUGUUAUAACUUUAGUCAAAUUACCACGCUACAUAUUGAUGUAUAUCCACACGAAGUUGAAACAGUCAGAAGGUUUUAUGGCAAAAUACAUUCUACGGUGUAUGAUUGUACUGCUGAGUUGUGUGGAGAGUUGUCUGAGAUAUCUUCAUCAUAACGCAUAUACAGUCAUCGCAAUAAAUGGUCAAAGUUUCUGUCCUGCCGCAAAAUCGGCGGUUAACAUACUGUUGGAUAACGCAGUCGAUGUUGCUACGAUUAAUACCGUUGGUGAUUUCGUUUUGUUCUUGGCGAAACUCAUGAUCGCGACUAUCUCUUUCGCUGUAGCUGUCUUCAGAUUCAAGUUUCAACUAGCGCUGAAUUACUGGAUGGUUGAGGCGGCUCUAGUGGGUAUAGCUGCCUAUAUUUCAGCAUCAUGCUUCUUAUCAGUCAUCGAAAUGGUUAUCGAUACAUUGUUUGUGUGUUUCGCACUCGACAAUGAUAACGUUAAUAGAAGUUGCGGGUCAUCUGAUUAUGCAGAUGUACAUUUCAAGGAGUAUAUGGAUACAACACUGAAUCGUGAAAGAGCAUUAGGUGUUUCGAGACGUUGGCGUCCAUCAGAUCGGACUGAAUAUGAGCAGGUUGAGUUAUCUGAAAAAUAA